AUGCCGGACGAGCACAGACCACCAGCCACCGGGACGCCGCCCACGCCAACGGAAGCAUGCCCUGCCACCCACGCGGCCAGAGGCAUAGUAGCAACACCACCUCGCUCCCGGAGCAGCCGCUCCGGCUUCCACGCGCAACAGGCCGACCCCUCACGUCGACCUGUCGCCGUCCCGAGACGAACUGGCAAGGGCCGCCGCACCCCAGCCAGCCUGCCACACACGGUGGCCCUCCGCAGCCGCCCCGAACUCCGACCUCCACGCGACCACCACGCCAAGGAGGAGCUGGGCCGGCACAUCCCCGUCACCACCGCGUCCCCGGGGCCGCUGCCCCAGCAUCCUCGUCUCCGGCCAGCCGCCGGCGCCGAAGAUGCAGACCGGCCUCCCCUGCCGGCUGCCUGCGUCGGGGGCAUGGCCCCGUCACCACCAACGCCAUUAAGGCGUCCCAGGGCUGCCGCCCUGGCCUCCUUGAGCGAGGCCGACAUGCAAUCCCCCAAAUCGAGCGGAUCUCGAUCUGGGAGGACGCCGACCAGGCCGCCCCGCAGGCCCCGCGCCGAGGGCAACCGCCGCCAGAGCAGCCGCGACCUUGGCAGCGUCGACGAGCAGCCACCACCGCAGCCCCCCGCCCGAGCCCGUCGGCUCGGCAUCCUCCAGCCCCGACCGCCAUCGCCCCCACGAGCUGGUCCUCCACCGCGCGCCCAGGAACUCCCCGACCACCUUUGGCAGCGGGGUGCCGCCACCGCCGCGGAGGAGGCCGCCGGUGGCAGUGGCAGGGGAGGCCCAGGCGGGGCGGAGCUUUGGCGGCGCUAG